AUGUCACUUUUUGGGGCCUAUGUGAAAUUGAAAAGAAAGUCUUUCUGGGUUAUAAGGUAUGUUGAAAUUUACUAAGAUGUAUACAUUCUCAUAAUAUAAAGGGAAUUUUCACUUAUAGAGAUAAAAAGGAGGAUAGAUAGAUUAAAGCUGAAUACAAAUUAAAAAAUUGUAAAAUAAAAGAAUUACUCACUAAUAAUGGCUCUUCUCUGUAAAUAUGUCAUGCUGAUGAAACACUUAAAAUUAUUACUUACAGUGAAUCAGAACAUAAAAAAUUACUCCAAUCUUUAACUUAGAUAAAAUAAUAAUCUGAAUCAAAAUUGGAUUCAUAAUUCUAAGAAUCAUUUCUAAAAUAAUAAUCACCUUCUAUUAAUAUUCAACAAACUAAACCACCAAUUUUUUAACCAGAUUAAGAUCUAAUUAAAUAAGGUUUUGGAGAAGAUGUAAAAGUUAUGGCAAAUUAAUACAUUAAAAAAUUUGAAUCACAUCAAUCCAUACUAUUUAAUAUAAAUGAUGGAGUAUUAAUUUAUAAAUAACAAUAACCAGAUAUGAUAUCCUAAGAAAAUAAAAGUAAAUUAGAUUAAUUAUAUCUGAAAUGCCAAAAUCUUAAGAUAUUACAUAUGAUUUUUAUAUCUACUCUAUUAUUUUUCUUAAUCUCAAUAAUCAUUUACUUUUUCUUAAGUUUAAUUGAGAAUUAAAAAUACACCCAUAGUAUUAUUCUAACUAUUAAUUUUAUUUUACUCCCUUUUGUAUUUAGAUAAAAGAAAUACAAAUAAGAAAAACCAAAAUCUUUUAUUGUUCAAGGAAUAUGUUAUAUGAAUUUUGAUUAUAAUGCUUUAGUUUAUUUAAUGACUAGAAAUGAUAUAAGAAAAGAAUGGAAUCCUAAUCUUUUAUCAAUAAAUACUUAAAAUAAUUUAUUAAGUUUAAGUUAUACAAAUUAAACAAUAGAAAGAUUUUAAUAAGCAAUCUUUGUUGAUUAAACUUCUUUUUAUAUUGUUGAAUAUUAUUAACAAUAAAUUCUAAGAUUAUUCAUAAUUAAAUAUCUUUUUGAAGAAGACAAUAUUGAAAUCAAAUGCUUAGCUCCAAAUACACAAAUUCAUAUAUUGCCUUGUUUAAAAUAAUUUGUAAAACAAUAAAAAUUAAAUCCUAAAAGUAUCCUAUUUGAAUAUCAAACUUAAAAAGUUUAGGUUGAUUAAGUUUCCAUUAUUUAAUCAGAAAUCCUUACUAAAUCUCCAUAAUAGACAUAAAUAGAUGAAUCUAAUUAAGAGACUAUAACAUCAUAAAUUUAACCAAUUUAAUAAUUCUAACCAUUACCAAAAUAACUAAGUUCUCCUUAAUAAUCCUAUCCACCAGAGUAUCAAAAAUAUUUUGAAAUUACUCUUGAAGCAAAAAAAAUAUUAGAAUAAGUCUAUCCUUUAAAUCCUUAAUGGUAGCUUUAAUCAGAUAAAGGAGGAUUCAUUAUUCAUACCAGAUUUGAUGAAAAUAGUGGACAAACCAUGAGUAGAGGUGAAGGCAUAGUACCUUAUUCAAUAGAACAAAUUUAUGAAAUUAUUGAAAAAGUUGAAAAAAGAGGAGAUUAUGAUUCUCUUUUUGAUUCUGUAAUUCUAUUUUUAUAUUUAGGGUUAUAUGCAUAAAAAAAUUGAUUAAGAUACAGGUAUAUUAUAUCAAAGAUUCAAAACUAUUAAAAUAGUAGUCAAAUCUAGAGAUUUUGUAUUAAUCUCUAGAGUCUUUAGAGAAGAAAAUAAAUGGAUUAUAGUUGCAAAAUCAAUUGAAUAUCCUGAUAUACCUCCAAUAAAGGAAUCUGUAAGAGGAGAAUUAAAGAUUGCAGGAUGGGUUCUAUAAAAAAUGGAAUAAGGAACUAAAGCUUGUUUUAUUACUAUGGUAGAUCCAAAAGGUUCAAUUCCAACAGCAAUUGUUGCAAGUUCAGCAAAAGAGUAAGGUUUAUGUGUUGAAAAGGUUAAAAAUCUUUUAGAUAAAAGAAAUAAAAAAUGA